AUGGCUCAGGUCAAAGUGAAGAAUAAAGAGCAAUCAGCUGUUUAUGCAGCACUCAAGAGCACUUGGUUAGCUUUUUGUGCCUCAAGCAGUAUACAUGGCUUGAAGUAUACACAAGACAGAGAGACCAACAAAAUCGUGCGUUUCAUCUGGCUGCUCAUCACGCUGAUCAUGUUUAUCUGUGCAAUAUCAAUGGUCUAUACAUUUUAUAUGAGUUACCGUAGCAAUCCCACACGCAUGAAUGUUGAAAAAGAUCAUGCUCCAAUUGAUAGUCUUAUUUUUCCCGCCGUAACUAUAUGUACGGAGACACUUUACAACAUACAAAAGGCAAAAAGUUAUAUCGGAACGCUCAAGCUCCCAACCGACACAAAUACCAGCAUGAUAAUGGAAGUAUUGCCAACCUAUUUCGGCUUCAUUAGCGAUGAUUAUACCUAUGCCACCGAAGAUAUUGUAUUGCUACAGAAUUUGAUCGACGUUAAUAAUAUCAGCACACUGACAUUCAUGCAAAAUCUACAAUGGAACUGUUCAGAUAUAUUCUUUCGCUGCCGUUUUAUGUGGCGAAUUGUGGAUUGCAGCGAAAUCAUAGAAGUAUCGCGCACAUAUUAUGGCUAUUGCUGUUCCUUCAACCUCAAUCAACCGGGUUUGAACUACACUGCAAAGACUACGCACGCCGGCCUUUUCGAUGGUCUCUCCCUAAUACUGUACUACAAUGACUCGGACUAUGGCGAAUUGGGUCUCUACUCGGAUGGUUUUAAAGUGUUACUCUCGGAGAAUGAAGGUUACCCCAGUGCGCAUUCUGUCAUCAAAUUUACACCACUUAAGCAGGAGACUUUCCUUGGUGUGCGACCCCUUGAGACAUACUGUUCGCGUGCCGUUAAAGCACUGUCGAUAGACGAGCGGCAAUGUGUGCUGCCGGAUGAAUUCCCACUCAAACACUUCGAGAAAUAUGUGGGUAAUAAUUGUAUGCUGGAAUGUCGUGUGGAGACUACGCUUAGAAUGUGCGGCUGCAUAACGUAUUUCUUCUAUACGAAUCACACCCACGAACGUAUAUGCGCUAUCAAGGAUAUACCAUGCCUGUUGGCAAAUUUCACCGCGUUAGUGGGACGUUAUCGAAAAGACCAAUGUUAUUGCCCGAAUUCGUGCGAAUCAAUCCAGUACAAUGUGGAGCUGACGAGUGCCGAAUUGCAGAUUGAUAUACCGACAGUGGAUGAGUUUUAUGCCGGUGUACAGGAUAACCACUCCGUCAUUCAUAUAUACUUAAACAGUCAAGUAUAUCUACGUGUUCGUCGUGAUCUACUCUCAAGCAUGGUGACUCUAGUUUCUAAUUUGGGCAGCGCCUUCAGUCUCUUUGUUGGUAUCAGUAUGGUCUCCAUUGUCGAAGUUAUCUACUAUGUAACGGUUGUGUUCAGAAAGUAUUAUCUGCAGGAGCUAAAAGCUCGUGAAAAGCUUCGGCGUUAGAGUGGCUAUGGAAAGAGCAAUAUUUCAUAUUUCCUAAAAGUUUGAAUUAUAAGUGAAACAUAAUU